AUGAGAGCACAGGAGCUUGGAGAUGCCUAAACCAGCUCCUAACUCACAAUGGGUCAGUGUCAGAUUCCCCAGCUGCCGUACAGGAAUGCACAUGAUUUCCGUAUCUCUCUGGCUUGUCUUCUGCUCAUUCAUCUUCAAGGCAGGUGUUCUCAUGGGCCAUCCACAAUGUCUCGACUAUGGACCCCCUUUUAAACCUCUCGUGCACUUGGAGUUUUGCUCUCAGUAUGAGACCUUUGGUUGCUGUGACCAGGACAAGGACAAUGUCAUAGCUGAGAAGUACUGGUCCAUCAUGGACUAUUUUGACCUCAACGGCUAUCACACGUGCGGGGGAUACAUUAAAGAUAUCUUGUGCCAGGAAUGUUCUCCCUACGCAGCCCAUUUAUAUGAUGCCGAGGACCCUCACACCCCACUGAGGAUCAUUCCUGGUCUUUGCUUUAACUACUGCUCAGAGUUCCACUUAAAAUGUCAAAAUUCCAUCACCCUCCUUACUGAAGACAAACAGAUCCGAGAGUCCUGUGACAAGGGCCGGGACCUCUUCUGCAACUUACUGAAUCUACCAGACGAAGACUACUGCUUCCCCAAUGUUCUGCACAAUACAGAACUCAACAAUAAUCUUGGAUCUGUGGUUGAGGAUCCUGAAGGCUGCAUAAAACUGUGCCUGAUUGAGGUAGCCAACGGGCUGAGAAACCCAGUCCUGAUGCUUCAUGCCAACGACGGCACUCACCGUAUGUUUGUGGCUGAGCAGAUCGGCUUUGUGUGGGUUUAUCUACCCGAUGGCAGUCGAAUAUACGAACCUUUUCUAAACCUGCGGAGGGCAGUCCUUGCCACCCCCUGGCUUGGAGACGAGAGGGGUUUCCUUGGAAUGGCUUUCCAUCCCAAAUAUCAAAACAAUGGGAAAUUUUAUGUGUAUUACUCUAUCAUGGAUGAAAACAGAAAUGAGAAAAUCAAAAUUAGCGAGUUCCGAGUUUCAGAGCACGACAUAAACAAGGCGGAUCCGUAUUCUGAGAGGCAUUUAUUGGAGAUAGAAGAGCCAGCUGCUAAUCACAAUGGGGGCCAAAUACUUUUUGGCACUGACGGAUAUUUGUACAUAUUCACUGGGGACGGUGGGAAGGCAGGAGAUCCAUUCGGAAGGUUUGGAAAUGCACAAAACAAGAAUGUUCUGCUGGGUAAGGUCCUACGAAUAGAUGUAGAUGGCAGAAGAGCAUAUAGGAAGCCUUACGGUAUCCCACCGGAUAAUCCAUUUGUGUCUGAGCGUGGUGCAGCCCCAGAGGUCUAUGCAUAUGGAGUCAGAAAUAUGUGGCGAUGUUCUGUCGAUCAGGGAGACCCUGUCACAGGAAGAGGAAAAGGGAGAAUAUUCUGUGGGGACGUUGGACAGAACAGGUUUGAAGAAGUUGAUAUUAUCGUUAAAGGAGGCAAUUAUGGAUGGAGAGCCAAGGAAGGCUUUGAGUGCUUUGACAUAAAGCUUUGCCAGAACUCAUCCCUGGAUGACAUCUUGCCAAUAUUUGCCUACGGUCACCAGGUUGGAAAGUCCGUCACUGGGGGAUACGUUUAUCGAGGCUGCGAAUCUCCAAAUCUGAACGGUGUCUACAUAUUUGGAGAUUUUAUGAACGGGCGGCUUAUGGCAUUGCAAGAAGAUAGAGUCACAGGUACCUGGAAAAAGCAAGAUAUCUGUAUGGGCGACUCUACUGUCUGUGCCUUCCCGAGAUUAAUCAACAAGUACAGCAAGUUCAUCAUCUCAUUUGCAGAGGAUGAAGCAGGGGAGCUGUUCUUUCUGUCUACGUCUCAGGCAAGCGCAUAUUCCCCCCAGGGGUCUCUCUACAAACUUGUGGAUCCUUCAAGGAGAGCGGCUCCAGGAAAGUGUAAAUACAAACCUGUUCCUGUGAAAACCAGGAGCAAACUGGUUCCGUUUGUUCCAAAAGAAAAGACUGUUCUUGAAAUUCUUAACGAGAGUGUUAAACCUACCAAGGCACCUCUUAAAAAGACACCUACCAAGUUACCCACUAAAUUGGCACCAGCCAAAUUACCCACUAAAGUACCACCUACACCAACAAAGUUACCCACUAAAGUACCAUCUACACCAACCAACUUACCCACUAAAGUACCAUUUACACCAACCAAGUUACCCACUAAAGUACCAUCUACACCAACAAAGUUACCCACUAAAAUACCACCUAUACCAACCAAGUUACCCACUAAAGUACCACCUACACCAACCAAGUUACCCACUAAAGUACCACCUACACCAACCAAAUUACCCACUAAAGUACCAUCUACACCAACAAAGUUACCCACUAAAAUACCACCUAUACCAACCAAGUUACCCACUAAAGUACCACCUACACCAACCAAAUUACCCACUAAAGUACCACCCACACCAACCAGGUUACCCACUAAAAUAGCACCUACACCAACCAAGUUACCCACUAAAGUACCACCUACACCAACCAAGAUACCUACUAAAGUACCACCUACACCAACCAAGUUACCCACUAAAGUACCACCUACACCAAACAAAUUACCCACUAAAAUACCAUCUACACCAACCAAGUUACCCCCUAAAGUACCAACUACACCAACCAAGUUACCUACAAAAAUACCACCCACUAAAACUCCACUUAUAUCAGCUAAGAUUCUUACUACAACACUGCCCACAUCAACCAAACGACCCACUAAAUUACUAUACACACCAACAAAUGUGCCAUCUAAUACUUCACCCAUUCCAAUCCAUGUACAACCUAAAAUGCUACCUACAGAAACCAGAGUGCCUUAUAUAAUUCCACCCAAACCAACCAAGGUUCCAGCCAUGUCAAUGAAUAUUACAAAGAAGCCUCCACUAAAGAAAAACUCUGCAAAGAAAGCCCAGAGACCCACUAAGAGACCAAAGGUUCCAAAACCUUCGAAGCCCCCCAAAUCCCCCAAACAAACUUCUGUUGUCAAUCAAGCAGUAAAGAAAAAGACUACAACUGGGUUAAAUAACAAAACAAAAAACCUGCCACCCAAAACAAAAGAACCCAAAAAGCAGAAGAAGACUAUCAAAGCUAAGAAGCCUUCAUCGCCUGCGUCACAUUACAUUCAACCCCAAAAGCCUAAAAAACAGAACAAAAAGAAAAGCACAAAAAAAGGCAAUGAGAAAAGCUAGAAUGAUCUAGAACACAGACAUUUGGAGUAGCACACACUAAUCACCAAUGGCUGUGACCCGGAAGGAAUCAUUGGAGUUUCACAUUUGAAUCAAUGCUCUGGAUUUUACAGACAGAAUUCACUAUUUUUAUGCUCAGGUCACUUGGAAUCAAAUCUCAGCUCCUUUUCUUUGACCGCCCAAGUUGUGACUGUUUCAGGCUCUGGUUUUUGACUUGCUCGGUGCUCUCAUGUGUUUAAAUGUUCUUCCUCGACUGAUAUUGUUACCAUUUCAGUUUAAAGGUGCCACACUCAAUAUGGCAGGCAGUGGCAAUGUGAGGUGGGGAUUGGUAGGAACACUUGCCUGGGAAAUCCUGAAUGUUCCUUAGCUGACAUUAUUCCUUCCAUACACAAAAUUGAAAGUGAUGUGAGGUCAGAAAAGGGUAUUUUUCCCACUACGGGUCUCACUGAGAGCACCACAAUGGUUGAAACAUCACACAGUAAAUUACAAUGACAUUGGUGUAAGUGAUAGAGAACUUAAGGGCAAAUAAAACCCUCCCACAUAUUGCUUCUUCAAGAAUCCCAAGUCUUGCUGUGCUCUGCACUUUGUGUCGGAUAAACAUUCUGGGCAGUUGCACAACACUUGUGUCUUUAUCACCUGCCAAUGCCAAAUGUUAUGUACAGGGCUGUUGUGCACUUCUGAAUGAUGCACACGUUUGGGGACAGGUAGGAGACGGGAGUGGGGCAGUUACAUCUCCCCUUGUCUGCCCUGAAUGCAGUGCUGCUGGAUGUAGGCAGCUCUGUAUUCAGACAGAAACUGUUCUUGAAAGUGAUAGACAGGGUACAAAAGUGCAAAAACAUGAAAAUCUGUUCCUUGUAUUUGCACGUUGUACCCUGCCCUGCACUUUGUAAAUGAGGCCACAAGUUUAAAGGAACAGUUCCGUGUAAAAAUGAA